AUGACAGUAUCGUACAGAGCUACUUGUCCUGAUCUUCUGCUGCCUCAGUCACCAUUUCCAACACUCAUCAAUCCGGUCUGCUUCUCCCAACCCCUCACCAAGGUUCUCUCGAACGCCUCUCUUAUCCACAACAACAUCUCAGUCCAACUCUCUGUUUCGGCCUCCGCUCCUUGUCUUCAGCCAGCCGUGUGGGAGAGUUACUCCUUGGUAGACGGAUGCCCGCUUGCUCUCGUCGUGAACUCGUUGGGAUGGUUGGGUUUGGUUCAGCCUUUUUGGGUCCACUUGGAUCAAGCUUACAGAUUCUCAAUAGCAUGGUCAAGGGUCUUGCCAAAGGGAAAGCUUAGUGGAGGAGUGGAUGAGAAUGGAAUAAAAUAUUACGACAAUCUCAUCAACGAACUGAAAUUAAAUGGUAUAGAACCAUUCGUGACAAUAUUCCACUGGGAUGUCCCUCACUUUAGAAGACGAGUAUGACGGUUUUUUAAGCCGACGUAUAGUGUAAGCCGACGAUACAUGGGUGAUUUCAAGGAUUAUGCUGCUCUUCUCUUUUAAAGAUUUGGGGAUAGAGUGAAGUAUUGGAUCACAUUUAAUCAACCUUACACGUUCGCAAAUAGAGGUUAUGGAGAUGGAUCAUUUCCGCUGGGGCGAUGCGCAGGUUGCGAAUUCGGAGGAAACUCAGGUACAGAACCUUAUAUUGUUGGCUAUCACCAGCUUCUUGCUCAUGCUACAACUGUAUUAACAUAUCGACAAAAGUACAAGAGGUUACAAGGUGAAAAUAUUGGAAUAACCUUAAUAGGAAGAUGGUUUUUUCCUUUAAAUGAUGCAAGUGUUUCAGAUCAGAUGGCUGCGCGGCACGCGUUUGAUUUUAUUGUUCUUGGAUCCUCUUGUGUGUGGAGAUUAUCCAAAGAUCAUGAAAGAACUUUGGGUGCAAGAUUGCCAAGAUUUACACUUUUGGAGUCUCAGUUAGUGAAAGGAUCCAUAGAUUUUCUGUUAAAUUAUUACUUCACACAAUAUGCAACAGAUUCAUUGCAACCCAUUUCGACACCACCAACCAUCCAAACUGAUGCAAGAGCCAAUUUUAGCAGUAUGUCUUACUGUAUUCUCCAUGAUUUUCUAUUUCAUAUUAAUUAG